CAGGGCUUCUUGGGUGUUGCUGCUUCGCAAUUGUUACCGCAGGCAGGGAAUAGGAUGGAGAACGCCCGCCCGUGCCCGCCCCGUGUCCUUCCACCAGUACCAAGUGGAAGCCAGGAUGAAGUUCCUCUUGGUCGUUCCAAAAGAAAAAAGGUUAAGGGGAUACAUUCAUUAGAUAUUAUCGUUCCUGAUGCCGUUCGCCGGCCGUUUGAGAGCAUCGGCCCUCUGACUUCCGAGGCGCAAGAUGCUGCCCCUCAGAGGAAGCGCAAGAAAAAGAAGAUGCCUCUGGAAUUGGAGAGCUCCUUCACCAAACAGAAUGGAAACUUCUUGUAUCCCGAGCCGGUUGAAGAAAACCUAACGCGUAAACCUCGGAAAAAAGUCAAAAAAACUCGGCCUACAGAAAGUGCCAACGAAUUAGGCGUGGAGGAUGAGGACAUAAUCGAAGAGGAGCAAGUCAGAGGCUCCGAACAGCAGCCCGUGUUCUCAGCGCCAGUCAUUGCUAGCCAGCCAGUGAGCAAGGUGUUUGUUGAAAAAAAUCGGCGUUUCCAGGCAGCGGACCGCAAUGAUUUGAUCAAAACCACCGAAAACAUUGAUGUAUUUUUGGACAUGAAGUCUUCUUGGACCACCAAGGAUGUGGCGCUGUCCGUUCACCACGGUUUUAGGAUGGUUUCACUCUUCACUCAUGGCUUCCUUGCUGGCUACGCCAUCUGGAACGUCAUUGUGAUUUACGUCUUGGGAGGAAACCAGCUGUCCACUGCCUCCAAUUUGCUGCAACAAUAUAAGACGUUGGCUUAUCCUGCUCAGAGUCUCCUUUACCUUCUGCUUGCCAUCUGCACCGUUUCAGCUUUUGACCGGAUUGACUUGGCCAAAGCAUUGGUAGCAGUGCGGGGCUUCCUGACCCUGAACCCAGCAGCGGUGGCCUCUUUCCUGUACUUUGUCGCUCUCGUCUUGUCACUGAGCCAGCAGAUGACGGGUGACAGAAUCAACCUGUACACGCCACCUUCAGAAAACGGCAGCCUCUGGACCCCAGGUACAGAAGAAGAGAUUCUUCAGCCCUGGAUGGUGGUCAAUCUAGUAAUAGCGCUCCUUGUUGGUCUCGCUUGGCUGUUCUUGUCCUAUAGGCCUCAGCUAGAUUACAGUGAAGAACUGUUUAAUGCUGAAAUCGAAGACUACCCGCCACUAGAUAAAGAAGGCCAAGUCUCUUAA